AUGGACUUUGAAGCCAGCGAAGACGUUAACGGGGUUCGUCUCUCUUGGAAUAUCAUUCCAAACACCAGUGGGAGUCUGAAAUCAACCAUCGUGCCAAUCGGUGCUUUAUACACUCCAUUGAAGCAAAAAGAAGAUUUGGCUAUUGUUGAACACGACCCAAUCCGUUGUAAUGCCAAUUGUAAAGCGGUAUUGAACCCUUUUUGUCAAAUUGAUUUAAGAGCUAAAAUAUGGAUUUGUCCAUUCUGUUUGGCCAGAAACGCUUUGCCAACCCAAUAUCAGAACAUCAAUGUUGAUUUCUUACCAACUGAAUUGAAACCAGAAUCAUCUACUGUCGAAUAUAUCUCUUUGAGACCCGUGCAAAACCCUCCAAUCUUUUUUUUCGUCAUUGAUCUCUGUCAAGAUGAAGAUAACUUGGCUGCUUUGAAAGAUACUUUGAUCAUUUCUUUGUCUGUCAUGCCACCAAACGCGUUGGUCGGCGUCAUCACCUACGGUACCAUGGUUCAAGUUCAUGAUUUGGGUUACGAAACUUGUCCAAAAUCGUACGUCUUCAGAGGUGAUAAAGAAUAUCCUUUGAAAACUUUGAACGAAAUGUUAUCUGGUGCGUCUCCAGACAAGAGCUCAUUAUCUAGAUUCUUUUUGCCAUUGCAAGAAGUGGAAUUCCAAUUGAGUAACUUAUUUGAAAACUUGAAGAAAGACCCAUGGCCAGUUGCUUCUAACAGAAGACCAAUUAGAUCCACCGGUGCUGCAGUUUCUAUUGCUGCCACUUUAUUACAAGCAAGUUUCAGCGGGUUUGGGGCCAGAAUUAUGCUAUUCAGUGCCGGUCCAGGAACUUUGGCUCCAGGUAUGGUUGUCGGUCCAGAAUUGAAAGAACCAAUCAGAUCUCACAACGAUAUCGAUAAAGAAAGUGCCAAACAUUACAAAAAAUCCAAGAAGUUCUACGAUGGCUUGGCGGAAAGAAUUUCUGCCAAUGGUCACUGUGUUGAUAUCUUUGGUUGUUGUUACGAUCAAAUUGGUAUGUCAGAAAUGCAAUCAUUAUCUAACGUCACCGGUGGUGCGUUGGUUUUAUCAGAUGCCUUUACCACUUUUAUCUUCAAACAAUCUUUCUUGAGAUUGUUCGAUAAGGACGAGGAAGGAUAUAUGAAGAUGGGUUUCAACGCCACUUUUGAAGUCAAGACAUCCAACGAAUUGAAGAUUUCUGGUUUGAUUGGUCAUGCCACCUCUUUGAAAACAUCUGGCCCUCGUAUUGCUGAUGCAGAAAUUGGUAUUGGUGGUACCAGUGCCUGGAAGUUAUGUUCUGUGACUCCAAACCACACUUACGCUGUUUAUUUCGAAUCUAAUAAUACCGGCCACGGUAACACCGGUUAUGAUGCUGCGUACACCCAAUUCAUCACAUCUUAUCAACAUGGUAGUGGGACAUAUAGAACCAGAGUCACCACAAUUAGAAGCCCAUUGUCUUCUAAUGGUGAACAAGGAAUCACCGAAUCAUUUGAUCAAGAAGCCGCUGCGGUUUUGAUGUCGAGAAUUGCGGUUUUCAAAGCCGAGCACGAUGAUGGUGCCGACGUCUUAAGAUGGAUCGAUAGAAUGUUGAUUAGAUUAUGUCAAAGAUUCGGUGAUUAUCAAAAGGAUAACGCUGAGUCUUUUAGAUUAUCCCCGCAAUUCUCAUUGUACCCACAAUUUAUGUUUUAUUUGAGAAGAUCACAAUUCUUGCAAGUUUUCAACAACUCCCCUGAUGAAACCGCUUUCUACAGACACGUUUUGACCAGAGAAGACACCACCAACUCGUUGAUCAUGAUUCAGCCAACCUUGACCUCAUUCUCAAUGCAAGACGAACCAGAGCCAGUGUUGUUGGACUCGGUUUCUGUCAAACCAGACAGAAUCUUGUUGUUGGAUACUUUCUUCCAUAUCUUGAUUUACCGUGGGGAAACCAUCGCAGCAUGGUAUAAGGCAGGGUACCAAGAAAACCCAGAAUAUGAGGACUUCAAGAGCUUCUUGGAAGACCCAAAGGCCGAAGCCGCCGAGCUUUUGGUCGACAGAUUCCCAUUGCCAAGAUUCAUCGAUACCGAAGCUGGUGGGUCUCAAGCCAGAUUCUUGUUUUCUAGAUUGAAUCCUUCCAACACUUACCAACAACAAGAUGCCUUCAGUGUCGGUGCCGGUAGUGCUGUUGUUUUGACUGAUGAUGUUAGUUUACAAACCUUCAUGGCUCAUUUACAAAAAUUGGCGGUCAGUGGUACUUCUUAA